AUGGUAUCCUCGAGUGCUGUGAGACCUUGGGGUCUCGAACACGUCGCUCUUCUUUCCCUAUUUUCCGCCGUCGCCCUUGCCCAAGGCAACGGAAACAACAAUGGCAACGACGGCGACGAUGAUCCUACACCCACCCAGCCCGCCAACAGCCCCUCCGACUACGCCUACUGCGGCCGUUACCACUACCCUUGGCGCGGUACCGACCUUCUCCAACGACGAUGGCGGCACCCCCUGCCCACCCUUCCAGGCUCUUUCACGAGGCCUACGCCUGCCGUGCCUCCUACCAUUGAUGCUCCCUUCAUGGACCGGUCCACCAUGCCUGAUGGCACAGUCUUCAUCGCCGUCGGCGCCAUUCUAGGGGCCUUUGGUCUUGCGGUCCUCAUCUGGCGCGCCAUCGUUGCGUGCUUGCUCCAUCGCUCUGUCGAGCGCGCCGCCGCCGCCCAGCACCUCGCGAACGAGAAGUCCACCUACCUCGCCCCUCCCGCUGCGUUUUACAAGAAUACGGAGCGCGAUCCUCGCCCCCGGCGCUGGACGCGCCAGUCGAACCUCUUCUUCUCCCCCACCGCCGUCAACACCGCCGGCAUGGGCGGCAACCGCGAUUCUCGUUAUCUUCCCUCGGGCUUCUACGCUUCUGGUUCUCCUGCCAUGAACGCCCCCGCGCCUGGUAGCUACUCGAACCUAAGGCCCGACUCGCGGGGAGGCGGUUUCUCGCGUAACACGAUGCGGGAUCACAGCCCGGAAGGCUCGCCUCAGUUCGCCGUCCGCCAGCAGGAUCCCAGCAUGAGCUCGCUCAACCUCAACCGACCUCCUAGCCAACGCGCCCCCAGCGCCUACCUCGAUGAUCUGUUGGACGAGAACCCGCAAAUGUUCCCUCCUGCGCAAAUGCCACCUCAAGCCGCGCGAGGCAGGGGAGGAUACUAA